AUGCUUAACAUGGGUGGUCCUUCAACGAUUCCUGAAGUCCAUGAUUUUCUCAAAAAUCUUUUCCUCGAUAGAGACCUCAUCCCGCUCCCCUUUCAACGAGUUCUCGCACCAAUAAUCGCAAAAAGACGCACUCCAAAGAUCGAAGAGCAAUACACUGCUAUUGGUGGUGGAUCGCCUAUCUUACGGUAUACCCAACAACAGGGUGAAGCUAUGUGCUCGUUACUUGACGAGCUCUCGCCCGAGACUGCUCCGCAUAAGAGUUACGUUGCGUUCCGGUAUGCAAACCCUUUGACGAGCAAAACGUGCAAGGAAUUGAAGAAGGAUGGAGUGAAGAGGGCGGUUGCGUUCACGCAGUACCCGCAAUAUAGUUGUAGUACGACGGGGAGCAGCCUUAAUGAGAUUUACCGGCUCGGGAGGUCAGGUGUGGCUGGCUCUGGUGUGGAAUGGAGCGUUAUAGACCGAUGGGGAACGCAUCCUGGGUUUGUCGACGCAGUUGCGCAACGCGUUGAAGCAGCACUUCAACGGUUCCCUCCUGACAGGCGGAAAGAUGCAGUUCUUCUCUUCUCCGCACAUUCUCUUCCCAUGACCAUCGUCAAUCGCGGGGAUCCGUACGUCUCGGAAGUAAGCGCGACGGUCUCGCACGUCAUGGAUCGACUGGGACACUCCAAUCCGUAUCGACUUGUUUGGCAGAGCCAGGUCGGGCCAAGAGCAUGGAUGGGCCCUCAAACGAGCGAUGCAUUAAAGGGACUUGCAAGGCUUGGGAGGAAGGAUGUAGUCCUUAUCCCAAUCGCAUUUACGAGUGACCAUAUCGAGACGCUUUAUGAACUUGAUUUGGAGUACGGGAAGGAGGCUGAGGAGCUCGGAAUGGAAGUACACCGAGCCGAGUCACUUAACGAUUCGCCUGUGUUCAUCCGUGCACUCGCCGAUAUCGUCAAUAAACACCUGAAAGACUACUCUGCGGGGAGGAUCGAGCCUGCAAGCGUGCAAAUGAUGCUUCGCUGUCCGGGAUGCACGAAUGCGACAUGUGGGCAGCAGAAGAAUUGGUUUGCGAAGGCUGGGCUGUCAUAG